UCGCAUCACUUUCCUGGGCACGGGGUGCGGCUAUCCCUUCAAAGUAUCGCAACGUCACGGGCAUGUACCUAGAGCUACCGACUGGAAGAGACGACGAGGACUGGGCUGGCCUCAUGUUGGACUGUGGAGAAGGCAGUUUGGGCCAGUUGUAUCGCUACGGGGGAGGAGACAAACGCCGGCUUCAAGAGCUGGUGGAUCGUCUCAAGUGCGUCUGGAUCUCGCACAACCACGCGGAUCACCAUCUGGGGCUGCUGCGACUGCUAAGCGCGCGUGCGUCCACCGUGGAGGAGCCGCUGCUGGUCAUCGGACCGACGCCGCUACAGUUCUGGCUGGACGAAUACGCGGCGCUCGACCCGACGGUGCGCAACAAAUACGCGUUCGUCGACAACUUGAGCUUCGACGAGAGCGAUUCCCGCAGUCAACAAGUCGAAUAUCACGUCAAAGCGGCUCGUGCGCGCGUGUGGCUGCGAGAGACGCUCAACAUCUCGCAGCUCGAGUGCGUCCCCGUCAAGCACGCGCACCAAUCGUAUGCCGUCGUGUUGACGUUCGUGAACGACGCCAAGCUGGCGUUCUCCGGAGACUGUCGCCCCAGUGAGAAGCUGGCGGAGAAGGCCACGAACGCCUUCCUGAUGGUCCACGAGGCCACAUUCGAGGACGAACUGACCAAAGAAGCCAAGGACAAGGCGCACUGCACCAUGGCCGAGGCGAUUCAAGUGGGACGUCAAGCCAACGCGCGGCACUUGCUGCUCACCCACUUCAGUCAGAGAUACCCCAAGACGGCUGUGCUGUCCAGUUCUAGUGCCGAGAGCGCCAUGGACGUGCUGACAGCCAUCGACAUGUUGUCUCUGCGCUUCCGAGAGCUCCGACAGCCGCAGCUCAUGGACGUGUGCACGCAGCUCAUGACACAGGACGACGACGAAGACUCCGAGGCUGCAGCGAGUCACACGGCGCAGCAACAACGCCAAGAGAGGAAGAAACAAAAGAGCGUCGAGCGUACAGCCCAGUCCUAAAGCAACAACAACAAAGACUCUGCAUUUGUGCUGCCA